GAACGUACAAAUUCAAAGGAAGAGGGCGUAAAACAAUCCGCCAUUUUGUCUCUAUGACAAUUACAGAAUUUAACAUUUUAUAAUUAUAAAACCCGAAUUAAUCGGCGAAAUCUCAAUUUAUAAGUGAUAUUUCAAAAGCUGUGCAGUAUUCUGAGAUCCUGUGAUAUUUGUGUCUCCAACUAUUUUGUUUACAUUCAUCUUGACGUUUUUAGUUGAUCGAAUUUGACGUCGAUUAGAGAGCUCGUAGAAUAUCAAAAUGGGCACAAGAGAGGAUGAAUAUGAUUACUUGUUCAAAGUUGUGUUAAUCGGAGAUUCGGGGGUGGGAAAAAGUAGUCUCCUCUCACGAUUCACUAGAAACGAAUUCAACUUAGAGUCAAAAUCUACAAUAGGUGUGGAAUUUGCAACAAGAAGUAUAGAGGUGGACGGUAAAACCAUAAAAGCUCAGAUAUGGGACACGGCGGGACAGGAGCGCUACCGCGCGAUCACAUCGGCGUAUUACCGGGGCGCUGUGGGCGCGUUGCUAGUAUACGACAUAGCGAAGCACCUCUCAUACGAGAAUGUGGAGCGGUGGCUGCGUGAGCUGCGUGACCACGCCGACCAGAAUAUACUGAUCAUGCUUGUUGGCAACAAGAGUGAUCUUAGGCAUCUCAGGUCUAUACCAACAGAAGAAGCAAAAGCUUUCGCGGAAAGGAAUGGCCUUAGUUUUAUUGAAACAUCAGCUCUCGACUCUACUAAUGUGGAACCCGCAUUCCAGAAUAUUCUAACCGAGAUCUACAGGAUCGUGUCUCAGAAGCAGAUGCGCGACCCGCCCGAGGGCGACGUGAUCCGGCCCGACGUGGAGGCGGCGGACGCGCGGCCCUCGCAGGCCGACAGCGUGCGCAAGCAGUGCUGCCAGUAGCGCCGCCACCACACACCACGCGCGGCACGAGCAGGUACCUCACACCUCACACCUCACACCUCACACCUCGACAGCGUGCGCAAGCAGUGCUGCCAGUAGCGCCGCCACCACACACCACGCGCGGCACGAGCAGGUACCUCACACCUCACACCUCACACCUCACACCUCGACAGCGUGCGCAAGCAGUGCUGCCAGUAGCGCCGCCACCACACACCACGCGCGGCACGAGCAGGUACCUCACACCUCACACCUCACACCUCGACAGCGUGCGCGAGCAGUGCUGCCAGUAGCGCCGCCACCACACACCACGCGCGGCACGAGCAGGUACCUCACACCUCACACCUCACACCUCGACAGCGUGCGCAAGCAGUGCUGCCAGUAGCGCCGCCACCACACACCACGCGCGGCACGAGCAGAAAGUCCAAUGUUGAUACUGAAGAGAGAAAUGCGAGUGGCUGGAAUUGUAAACCCAAUCUUCAAACGAAUCAUUCCUAGGCAGUGGUCUUAACAUCAUACUAGUGUUGUCAGCUCACAAGUAUCUAGUCCACAAUGUAUAUUAUUGAGUUCCGACUAGACAGACAGAAAUUAUAUAUAGAUGUUUCUCUGCGUCGUCGAGCACAGCGGCUACGACAGGUAUUUAAUGCUGGCAAUACCACUCACACGGUUAAGAGCGGCUCAUGUAGAUAGCUUUGUGUAAUUAUUGUUAUUUAGUGUCUGAACUAAUACAAAAAAAAGUAUAUCGUAUCGUGAACAGAAUUCAUAUUAUCACAUGGUAGAUUCCAGGCUUCGGUUAUAGCAAGCAAGCACCUACGUUAAUCUGACGCUUACUUUAGUACUGGCAAUAUACUGUGAAGUUACAAAUAUUUUAAUCUGUGGUAAAUUUUUGCCUAUGGCAACCCUAAAUUCUAAAAUUACUGUAAAAUGUUAAUCAUAGAUUUAUAUAGGAUAUUUUAUACAUAUUUUUCAAUUGUAAUAAUUCUCUGUAAUAUCAAAUUAUUAUAAUUUAACCAGAGCUGAUUUUAUUUAAAAAAAAUACUAUAUUUACAUUUGGACAAUAGUAUGGUAAACAUUUGUACCUUGUCACAAUAACAAUAUAUUGAUUAUUAUGUAUAAAAAUAUUUGGAGUUGUUAAUAAUGCUACUGUGAAAAGGUACUAAAUAUAUAUUGCUCAUAUUAUACAUGAUGGAUGGUAGCGGAAGUAAUGGCCAAUUGUCAUUGAAUUGGUGAUAACAAAAUCGCAGAACUAUUAUUAAUUAAAUAAACAUCGUUUAAUCUUUUCAAGGUUAUACAAUUGUACUUAUAGAAACGAGAUAUUUAUUAUGAUAAUAUUCAAUCGAAUCAGAAAUUCCUCUAUUCGAUAAUUCCUUCGGUAGAAAUGGAAAUCAUAACUUAAUGCACUUUUGAAUAGUCGUAUUUUCUUAAUCUACCACUCAUUCGGAAAGCUGUCUCGUCACAGCAAGGAGCAAGAAACUUGUUGCUAUUUUAAAUAAUUGUAAUUUAACUUUAUAAUUUUUAGUUCAAAUUUGUGAAUACAACAAAUAAAUAAUAUUAUCACGGUAAAUAUCUAGUUUAUAUAAUACUAGCUACUCGCACCGGCUACGCACGGGUGUACAUGUAUUAUACAUAUAAUCAUUCCUCUUGAAUCACUCGUAUCUAUUGCUAAAAUCUGCGUUUACAUCCGUUGCGUAAUUUAAAGGAUGUAAGCGAACAGGCAGCGGAAGCGACUACGUUUUAUACUAUAUAUAAAGAUAAUGUAUAUAAUUUAAAAAUACUGCCAGUGUUAAGGUACUCGUCAUUUUAAUACGACGCUCCUCCUAGUUCACUUGCGUAAUAUGUUGAAUUUAUAAUUUCUAUUAUGGGGAGAUAAAGUUUAAUUUCGACUUAGGUAAUAAUUCAUAUUAUAUAUCUAUUUAUUUAGUGAAUUUAUCGAUGGCUGAUUAAGUGGAACCGGUUCUUCUAACAUGCCUUGUAUUUUAUAUAAUUGUUUUCCACACUGAGCAAUAAAUUCGGCUGAUAACGAAAUAUUCUAGUAAAUGUGUCGAGUGUCACACAAAGGGGCUCCCCAUGAAUUGCGUCAUACGGAUUUCGUGACCUUUUUGUCACAGUUGGUCACAUGUGUGAUAUUUUUUGCAUAACAAUACAAACGUCACGGUCAUACUGAUAGAAUUGAUUUUUUUUUUGUUUAUGGUUAAAUUUUUGAGGGUUGUUUAGAAAUAGAUUUUGAGGUGUGACGUCACGAAACGUAUGACGUAACUCAGGGCCCGCAAACAAUAACUUCAUAAUAUUAAACUGUUUUUGUAUUACACUAGCGAGUAGUUAAGUAACGAGAUAGCUUUUUUAAUACAACAUAUGUUUCGUUUUGUUUAUUUACGUAUAUUACGUGCCUUCGAUGGAUAAGAUGCCCGUUGCAUAGGCAAUGUUUGUUGCGAACCUGUUAAAAAAAUGCUAUAUAGUUUUAAUGAUUUUGUAAUCAAACCUCUUCGUAUCGAUUCCUUGACAUUACUCGAUAUCAUCUCGUAUCCAAUGCAAAAGACUCGCAACAAA